CUGGACACUGAUGAGACGGUGAAACGCAGGCUCUGAGUGAACGAAAUCUUUUAUAGCACCGAAAUAGUUAAUGAUAGUUAGCGACAGUUGCUUUGACAAACCCUUUGUGGAGUAACAAGUGUUUACUUAAUCGGAAGUUUACUUUUAAUUAGAGAAAGUUUGUUUUCAUACUAUUAUUUUAUCCUAUUUUGGAUGAAGUUUAUUUUUGUUUCUAAUUAAGUUUUUUGAUAACUUAAAAACGCUCACUUUUAAGAGCGUAAAGAUGAUUUAGAGCGCUGCACAGAACACCAUCGGGAUGUCAGAGGUAUCGGAGCCGAGUCAUCACCUGAAAACUCCCGUCAGCCCCUCAGGUGGGAGUGGAGGAGACCCUGUUUUGGAGCAUCCCCCGAGCUGCAAGCAGAGCGCAAGCCCCGAGAACGACGACAGGGGGCGACAGAGAGAGCGACAGCAGCAGCAGCGACAGGACAGGGAUAUCAACACAGACAAGUUAUGGCAAUCUAAAGGCGCACAACAGAGGGGGGUGUGCCCUGACCCAGCGGCCGGAAACGAGCUCUCAAAGUGCCAUCCUCAUAAGAAACCGGACGGGAAUCACCACCAGCACACCUCCGACCCUGGCAAUGGGGAGGGGGACCACCACAUGGACUCGGACCCGGGGCUGGACUCUCGCCCCGGGGGAAAGAAGAGGCACAGGCGCCGCACCUCCAGAAAGAAGCGACACUGGAAGCCUUAUUUUAAACUUUCCUGGGAGGAGAAGAAAGCCCUGGAUGAGCGCGAGACAGCCAGGGCGUCCCGGGUCAGAGAGGAGAUGUUCGCUAAAGGACUCCCCGUGGCGCCCUAUAACACCACACAGUUCUUAAUGGACGAGCACGACCGAGAGGAGCCGGACCUGAACACGGAGAUCGGCGGGGUCCGGAGACAGUCAGGGGUCGGCGUGGGGCUGGAAGACACCGGCAGCGAGGAGGACUUUUUGGAAAAUCCUAAUAACGAAGAGGAGGAUGAAGAGGACGGCAGCGACGGUAUCGGGAGGCCUGGCAACGCGGGGGGAGAGUUUCUUCAAAGAGACUUUUCAGAAACAUACGAGAUGUAUCAUGUUGAAAGUCUCCAGAACAUGACCAAGCAGGAGCUGGUCAAGGAGUACCUCGAGCUGGAGAAGUGCAUGUCCCGCCUGGAGGAGGAGAACAACCGGCUGAGGAGAGCCCUGGAUCCCCCGGACAGCAGCCUGUCCCGCCUCCGGGAGCUGGAGCGGGAGCUGGAGAGACUCAAGGCCCAGAACAGCGAGCUGCUCCUGCAGAGCCAGCCCGCGGCCCACUGAGCACGUGAGACACACAGAGACAGAGACACACAGAGACAGAGACACACAGAGACAGAGACACACAGAGACAGAGACACACAGAGACACACACACACACAGAGCAUCGGACUACUUCUGUUUUAAAGGGGCUGUAUGUGAGGCUUUUACUUUGAAAUUAUCUGAGACUGGACGAUUGUCUGAUGUGUUGACUUGAGGAGUUAUCACCUGAUUCUUUAAAUCUGCAGAUGCUUAUACAUUUUUACCACUAGAUGGAGUAGUGAGUCACAGUGUCAUAAUAUCUUGCAGGAUUUAAAUUAAGUUAAAUUAUGUUUUUAUGGCUGUUUUCUAAGUACUACAUUUUAUAAAUCAGGGGUAAAUUCAGUUUUUGACUGGUCUAUAGUCAUUGACAGCCAUUUUAAAACUCUUAUGUUCAAAUGGGCCACAGACUGAGUUUGAGACAUUUAUCAAGAGGAAUUUUAAAGUAAAAAUGACAUAAAGCUCUUUUAAAAUCACAUUUUCUCUGUAAUCCGAUUGUUUCGAGGACUCUGAGGUCAUGCAUUGCAAUGCAAUACCACACAUUUCUUUUCUAUUUGGACAGAAAGAGUGUCCCGUUCAAACCCAGAAGUUCUGUACAUAUUUGAAAAAUCAAAUUCUUUUUUAUAAAGACGAUGUAUCUUACAAAACAAGGCUGUUUUGUUUGUUUCUGUAAAGCUGGUCAUUCUUGACAAGGACUUGAGCUAUUGGAGCCACAUGUGACAUUUCCUCCUCUAAAAUAAAUGCAUUGCAAAAAUGUUUUACAAAAUGAACUCCACAUUUGACAUUUUAACAGUUGUGUGUUCAACAAAAGUUCAAAUAAAAUAAUUUCU